UUUAAACCAAAAGCCAAAAACCAUAUCCGCCAUCAAUGACUGCAGCAACAGAAAAAACAUCUUCCACAACUUCCCUUAUUUUCCUCCACACCAAACGCCAGUGUUUUCUCACCCAUUUCAGCAUCACCAUCUUCUAGUCAUUACAAUUUGUCAUUGCCAAAUGUUCCUCACUUUUCCAUCAAUCCCUCAGAAUUUUCCCUCAAAUCCCAUUUAAUGUAGCUCGGAAAAUUUUCUCCUACUUUCCUCCCAUGAAAUCCAAUAAUUGAUUCACUUAAAAAUGAUUUCUUUCUUUCUCUUUGAUCAAUUAUAAAUUUUUGUUAAUGAAAAUUUGGUUCCUCAGUUAUGGACCGUGAAACAGAGCGAGAGACUCAUAUCAAUGGAGGCAGUCACAUUUUGUUUGAUAAAUACGAGAUGGGUAGACUAUUAGGGCAAGGAACCUUCGCAAAAGUCUACAAAGGAAGAAAUCUGGCUACCAAUGAAAGCGUAGCCAUUAAAGUAGUCCACAAAGACCAGGUAAACAAGCAAGGAUUGAUGGAACAAAUAAGGCGAGAAAUUUCAGUUAUGCAUUUAGUCAAACACCCUAAUAUCGUCCAAUUGAAAGAAGUUAUGGCUACGAAAUCAAAAGUAUUUUUCGUAAUGGAAUAUGUGAGAGGCGGCGAGUUAUUUGCUAAAGUAGCCAAAGGAAAGCUUAAAGAAGAUGUAGCAAGAAAAUAUUUUCAACAAUUGAUUAGCGCAAUCGAUUACUGCCAUAGCCGCGGAGUUUCUCACCGCGAUUUAAAGCCGGAAAAUCUUCUUUUGGAUGAAAAUGGGAAUUUGAAAGUUUCCGAUUUUGGCCUUUCUGCCUUGCCGGAGCAGAACCGGAAUGAUGGUUUGUUGCAUACUCAAUGUGGAACUCCAGCUUAUGUUGCGCCGGAGGUUCUGAGGAAAAAAGGGUAUGAUGGUGCAAAAACUGAUAUUUGGUCUUGUGGUGUUAUUUUGUUUGUUUUGCUUGCUGGGUAUUUGCCAUUUCUUGACGCCAACUUGAUGAAAAUGUAUGUUAAGAUUUUCAAGGCGGAGUUUGAAAUCCCUCCUUGGAUUUCACAUGAUGCUAAGAGAUUGAUUUCCAAGCUUUUAAUUGUUGAUCCUGGGAAAAGAAUCAGUAUUCCUCAAGUGAGGCAAAAUCCCUGGUUCAAGAAAGGACUUAGUAAGUCUAUUAUAGUUUCUAAUGACUUACAAGAUAGUUCUAAUAGGGGUCAAGAAGAUAUUGGAAAAGAAAUUAAGCAGGUUCCACCUUCUAUUAAUGCAUUUGAAUUUGUUUCUGCAAUGUCAUCUGGGUUUGAUUUAUCUAGUUUGUUUGAAAGCAAGAAAAAAACACCAUCCAUGUUCACUUCAAAGUGUUCAGCUCCAGCUAUCGUGACAAAAUUGGAAUCCGCGGCCAAAGAUUUGAACUUUAGAGUGGCAAGUGAUGCUGAAUUUAAGGUGAAAUUAGAGGGGAAAGAGGAAGGAAGAAAAGGGAAGUUGGCCAUGACCGCCGAGGUUUUCGAGGUGGCACCGGAAGUGGCAGUGGUGGAGAUCUCCAAGUCAUCUGGCGACACUCUUGAGUAUACUAAGUUUUAUGAAGAGAAUGUUAGGCCUGCACUUAAAGAUAUAGUUUGGAGUUGGCAAGGUGAAAGUGAUCGUCAUGAAAGAGAAGGCAAGAUAGUAAGAAAUUAGGUUCUGGUUAAUCAUAAAAUCUAAUCUAAAAAUUAAUUAAUAUAAUUAGAAAUGUGAAUGUUUUUUAAUUUUUCUUUAUCGACCCUUUUGGUUUUCGGCAUUUGGCUGCCUGUGAUUCUGUGUAAAUGAUGAGAGGAUGUGUUAAUUAAGGUAAGUAGUAGAGACGAGGGUUUUCUCAUGUGUAUAAUUGUAUAUUGAAAUGUGCGUACAAUAUACGGUUAUGUCCUUUCUGUUAAUUAUUUCUUUUUAUUCUUA